GCGUCCGUCGCACCGCGACCGAGUUCGCCACGGUGGUCCACGCGCGCUGACAAACUCUCGGGGAUAUCCUCGCGAGCGAGCGAAGCCGCCGAAACCACCACCUCGUAAUCCCCCGUGUAUAUAUCCGCGAGCUUGACGCGGAGUCUCGUGCGUAACCACCACGUUCGCGCGCGUUCCUCACGCUCGCUCGCUCGCUCGUUCGUCCGCGUGAUCGCGCGAGUCUUCUUAGUGCCGCGAUUUGCAUCCGUGAGACCACGAGAUCGGUUCGAUUUCUCUCGCAAAAGCCCAAGACGGCCCAAGGGACACACAGUGAGCGGAGAGACGGAGUGAACGUGUGGAGAAGGCGUCGUCAGUCUGUCGACGGCCAACGCGACACGUCGGGAAACUUCAGCAAAAUUCUCAACGUGCUCGAGACCGAGUGCGAGGCGAGGAGCGGUUUACUUGCACCUACGGUAUACACCGGCGCGGUUUCGGCCGGCCGGUGAUCGACGCAAUCGCGGGGGGAAUAUUUCCGGGGAUCGAGCUGGAUCGGAUAGUGCCGAGCAAGACACCACGUAGCCCCCCGCACUGACGGGGCUCUUUGGUGAUGUACGACAGCGCUAGCUGUUCGUACGCAGGUGCGCUCGAAUUAAAGGGAGCCUCCGGGGCCGCCGGAGCCGCGGCCGCGGCCGCCGGUGUAACCGCGGCCGGCGUCAAGCAGGAGAACUGGCCGUACCGCGGCCUCACCUGCGGUAGCACGUUUCAACGGCUCAAGGAGAGCGUCGACAAGGCGAAGCAAGCCCUCGCCGAUCGCGGCGGGUACCUGGCGGGUGCCUUCUCACCACCCCCGCGCGCCAAUCCAUCCGCCAUUUCGCCCACAGCUUCCAUCACCGAUGCCGGCAGCUCGUACAAGGGAGGCUGGAGCCACGCCACGUCGCCGGCACCUGGUCAGGGGUAUGGAAGCAGCUUAUCGAAGUCGGCACUGGACACGCACAGCCAUCUCAGGCAGCCUGCUCCGACGUCGAAGCCGAGAGUGAAACGUGCAGCUUGCGUCGAUCAGCCUAGCCUAAUUUCAACGCGACAUUCUUACGCGGAGUCGCUGAACGUCAGUUGUCACCUCGCAGAUCCCUACCAAAUGUUCGGAGCGACGAGCAGUCGGCUCGCGAGCUCCGGUUCUGGUCAGAUUCAGCUGUGGCAGUUUCUGCUCGAGCUCCUGUCGGACUCGAGUAACGCCGCGUGCAUCACGUGGGAAGGAACCAACGGCGAGUUCAAGUUGACCGACCCCGACGAGGUGGCGAGACGAUGGGGCGAGAGGAAGUCCAAGCCUAAUAUGAAUUACGACAAAUUGUCGAGAGCCUUGAGGUACUACUACGACAAGAACAUCAUGACGAAGGUGCACGGCAAGAGGUACGCGUACAAGUUCGAUUUCCAGGGGCUGGCGGCGGCGACGCAGCCGGCGGCGGCCGACCCGGCGGCGUACAAAUACCAGAGCGAGCUCUUCAUGUCCGGCUACGGCCACGCCAAGCUGAACCUGAUGCCGCCGCCGGCGGCCUCGGUCUCGGUCUCCGUUCCAGGCGGCCUCUUCCAAUCGGCGUCCAGCUACUGGUCGACCAGUCCGGGCGCGAACCUGUACGCCGGCCAUCACACGGCUUCGGGACACGUACCACCUCAUCUCGGCACCUACCCUCAUUACGCAUGACCCACCGCCGAGCACUGGGGUGCCUUGGGCACGCCGCGUUGAGGGCAGCGUUUCUAUCGGAAAAGAAGGGAAAAAGAGAAAACGAGAGAAAAAAAAAAAGAAACACGAACCGCCGCCGUCGCAGCCGUCGCCGUGGUGCCGUCGCUGCCGUCGUAACCGAGGAAUUCCACACCGGCUCCCUGAUCCUGCUCCCGCGCAAACUCGGAACGUACUCUCUGCUUCAGGUACUCGCAUGCGAAUCUGCCCGUUCCGCGUGCUCGUCUUCGGCGAGCUUCGAGCACGGCGAGCGACUCGAAAGAGCGCUCGCCGAGCCUUUCGAGCUCGUUCCGAGCGCAGCGGUUAGUUUCUCCGCUGACGGGUGCGGUGAAGUGAAUGCGAAAGCUUUACGAGUCUCGUUCGCAUUCGCAUCUCUCUUAACCGCGUUCACAACGAAUCUGAGGGGGGACGUGGCCGCGAAAUGUGGCUGCGCCGCGAGUUCGCACUCGGGCAGAUCUCGACUCCCGAAUCACUCGGGGUGCGCGCUCGUACCGUUCAAUAUCGCGUCGCAAGCUCGCUUGCGACAUUCCGAUGCAACACCUAAGCAAUUAACGUCGUCUUAAUUAACGGUCACUCAUGAGCCGCCUCUGCGCGCAGAGGCGAUCUCUCCGCGCGUAAUGAACGUCCUACGGAUUUUGAUUCGCCGCGGCUGACGGUGCGCCCAAAAAAAAA